AUGGACAAAUAUCAAGAAUUAAAAGAUAUAUUAUCAGCAACAAGUUUUACAAACGACUGGGAUCGUUAUACAUUAAUCGUCAAAUAUAUCAUGAAAACAAUUAAAGGUCUUCGAGUAAUUAAUGAACAAGAAAAUUGGUUCAUCUAUCAACUGCAACAGUUGCUAAUGAAAUGUGAAUGUAGUAAAAUUGGUAAUUUUUUCGUUGCGAAUAUUGUAAUUAAUGAAGGUAUUGGAACAGUUAAAAUAAAUCUCGACGACUAUUUCAACAAAAAAUCAAAAAAAAUCGUGUGCUUACCUGUGUUAAUCAAUGAUUUAAAUGGACAAAUUGACAAUGUUAUUAAAAAUAUUCUACAAACAAAUGUUGCUGCUGCUUCUAUUCAAUAUAAACAACAACCAUCAAAUGUUCCCCAACAACAAUUACCUACUGUUUCAUCAAGUCAAUAUUAUCCACUCAAUUAUCCUGCACAACUAGAAACAGCUUCUCCACCUACACAAUUACAAACUUCAUUUAAUGAUCGACUUGUUCGUAUAUCAGGUGUAAUUCAAGCAGCGGCAACUGUUGGUCAACCUCAAAAUAUGCCUAUUCCAUCAGCUGGUUCCACAGGAGCAUCCAAUACUUCAGAUCUGCAUUCAUAUUAUUAUACAGGAUAUUAUCCAAAUUCACCUCAAUCAAAUCUUCAAUAUCAACAACAACAACAUCAGCCAACAAACCAACCAUAUGGUUAUGGUAGUCGACAAAAUAUUCCAUCUCAACAAACUUCAUCAAUUGGUCUUUCAAAUAAUACUAGUCGAUCAACAUUAACCUCAGGUCAAUCAAUUGCUGAUUAUGGUGGUCUUCCAUCACGUACACUUCAAUAUACAUCAAAUAAUCUUAUACCAACUGCUUAUACUUAUGAAACACCUAAUACAUGGAUUCCUGAUCCACAACAAAUUCCAUUUUAUCAAAUUCAAUCACAACAAACAACAUCUAUGCAUUCAAAUACAUAUGAAGCAUCUGCUUAUGUUCGUCAACAAGAUUCAGAUACAAUGCAACAAAACAAUUAUAAUCGUUAA